GGAUAUUCUGGAGGAAAUGGGCUUGCAAGGAAAAGUGACAGCCUUACAAGCCAAAAAAAAAUGGGACCAUUUGAAGAAAAAAUACAAAGAUUGCAAAUAUCCAUGGUCAGGUGAGGGAGUUGGAAACAAACCCGCUGCAGAAACUUGGCCCUGGUUCGCCCUCAUGGAUGAGGUGUUGGGACAGAGGCAUUCUCUUAACUCCCCUGUCCUGAUUGCCUCUAUUCCUGAGGACGGACCAGGGCCAAGCUCUGCAGUGGGUGGUCAAGAAGCUGCUGCUGUUGCUGCUGCUGAGGAGGAGGAGGAGGAGGAUGAGAGGGAGAGACAACCAGUCAGACAGAGAAGAAGGAAGAGAGAAAGAGAUGAAGACUUAAUGGACUUGAUGGUGAACGUUAUGGACUUGAUGAGGGAGGACAUGAGGCAGCAGAGAGAGUUGGAGGAGAGGAGAGCAGAGAGGAUGGACAGGCUUUUCUCUAUUUUAGAAAAAAUGGUGCAAAAAUGAAUGUUCAUGUAAAAUAUUGUUUAGUUAUGUUAAUGUUAUUUUGUUCAUG